GGUACACCCUAUUUAUUAUCACUCGAUCUCUCAAAGGAACUGACAGCCUUGGUCUGGCUGGCCGGACCACUAUCAGGUCUUCUAGUACAACCACUUGUCGGUGCAUUUAGCGACAAAUGUACAUCUAGAUAUGGGAAACGAAGACCAUUCAUUGUUGCUGCUGGAUUUCUUACUUGUAUGUCGAUGUUGGGCGUAGCAUACGCAAGAGAGAUAGGCGCUUUUGCUGGUCGUUACUUAGCCAAUGAACAAGUACCCUCUGAGGCAGCGCACUUUUAUACUAUCAUAGCUGCUGUUUCUUCGUUUUAUUUCCUCGACUUUACUCUCAAUGCAGUACAGGCUGUCUGUAGAGCUCUUAUUCUUGACAUACCGCCGCUCUGGCAGCAGGAGUAUGCAAAUGCGUGGAGUGCACGGAUGAGUAAUGGCGCAAUGGUUCUGGGGUAUUUUGUGGGUUACAUCGACCUCGUGCACUAUGCACCAUGGAUGGGAGAUACUCAGAUCAAGGCAUUCUGCAUUGUGGCUAUUGCAGUAUUUUGUGGAACGCUGGCAAUCACUUGUCUAAGCGUUGAAGAGAAAAAACUAAUGACUGAACAUAGCCCAUGGUACCACACGCUAGCCUACAUAUGGCGAGCAUUCCGCUUCCUGCCUCGUCCCAUCCAAACCUUGUGCAAUACUCAGUUCUUUGCUUGGAUGGGAUGGUUUCCCUUUUUGUUUUACAGUACCCAGUGGGUAUCAGACAUUUACUUUGCCAACAACCCGCCAAUAGAAGGUCAAGAGCAGGAUUGGACCGAAGGCACGCGUGCAGGCUCAUUUGCUCUGUUGUGCUAUUCACUUGUGUCUGUAGGUGCGGGAAUUGUGCUGCCUGCCCUUUUGUCCUAUUUCAACAAGAUAGCUUGGUUGUCGCUUUUGAAUAUCUAUACAGUUUCACAUCUGACCGUAGCCGUGGCCUUACUGUCGGCGCUAUGGGUGCGAUCUGUGAUGGGAGCUACGAUUGUAUUGGCUAUCAUGGGUAUUCCAUGGGCCAUCGUUCUUUGGGUUCCGUUCUCUCUUGUCGGUGAAUAUGUUAGUUUCGAGGAUGAGAAAAGGAGUCGCACGCAACAGCUUCCGAGUACUUCUAGCAUUCAACGCCUUGAAGAUCAGCAGGACGAGUUCGAUGCAGGAAUGAUCCUUGGAGUUCACAAUAUGUACAUCGUUUUUCCACAAUUUGCAGUUGCCAUCAUAUCAUCCGUAAUAUUCGCUGCUGCUGCUCCUGGAGAAAAUCAAGAUGAUGAUGCACCUAUGUCGAGUGUAACAAGCGUACUGGUGUUUGGUGGUUUGAUGGCGUUGGUUGCUGCACUUCUUAGUCGCUUGAUCAUACGUGUUAAAUAG